AUGUUUAACUCAGUUAUAGUAUUAGCAGGAUAUCUCCUGAUAUCGACAUUCACUGUGACUUCAGCAGAUCACGCUGAUGACGUUGUGAAGACUCUCAACAAGAGAUUCAAUGACGGUCACCCCACUGAUGAUCUUUCCGAGGCCGGUGUCCUCAUGCAUCAAUAUGAUAACCUCGGAGCCGCAGACUAUAAUGAGUUGUGGCGACCCUACACUGCUCAAGAAUGUUCUAAUGUCACGGCUCAUGCCAACUGUCAGUACUCCGAUAGGAUAUCCUGUCUUCUCAUCAACAAUGAAGUCCGCAGCCCUGGUGACGGACGUAUUCCACUUUAUACAUAUACUCGUGGUGGUACUAUCGAGGACCCCGACAACACGCAGGUUACGUGUUCCUAUUCCGAAGAUGGUGGCACCAUGGACCGAAACAACGGUGGUUGUGGUUGCCACAGUGGUGAUGUGACAUGCAAGUCCAUGGGUUACAAUAACUCGUGUACUCUGGAGGGUCCAGCCGCCGACUACUCAGUAUGCUGGUGGGGUCCUGAUAAUCUUGAAGAUAUGAUGGAUAACCAGAAGAGCGUCUAUAAUGAAGUUGUGAUUAGUUCUGCAACUUAUUUAGAGAAGUUGCCCAAAUCUAUUCAAGCUUUCUUCUUCAUCGCCAAUAAUAGCCAAAGCGAGACCGAGGCCAGGACUCAGUAUGCUACUUUCAAGGCAGCUUAUCCUGCCGGUGAGGCUCCUCUCCUUGUGCUCGAUUACAAUGCAAAGGAGAAUCCUUUCUUCAAGGCUGCAGAUGGUCAGAUGUAUACAACACCAGCGACUACUCCAGGCACAGGUGAACUCACAACGACUUCUGCGACUACUGCUGCUGCUUAUACUACCCAAAGUGGCAAUAAUGGAAAUGAUCAGGUCCCUACGACGACCACUGUUGCUAGUACUGAUGAUGGUUCAUCUGGCUCGACAACCUCGAAUGCAUAUUCGAGUUUGCAGAAUGAAAUGACUGUUGUUGUUUCUAUCCUUCUCGGGACGUUGAUGAUCAUGAAACUUUGA